AUGGGAAUGAAAAAGAUACACCCGACUGAACCACAAUGGGACAACAACACCGAGCAAGAGAUCUUUGGCAGCCAGUCCCCCUUCGCCGCCGAUUCUUCUCCCUCCAACACCCUUCCUCCCCCACAACAACAACAACAACAACAACAACAACAGGAGGAUCAAUACCCUCCUGCUGGCAGUAGCAGCAACAACAACAACAACCAUGCUCCUGCUGCACCACCAACAGACUCACCCUUUAUCUUCCCUCACUAUCCUACACAACAACCCUACAACUCUCCGUCCUCCCAACAACCUCGACCCAACAACAAGGGUUCAUUUAAAAACGUCCAAGUCCCGGAAGAUGCCCCGCCUAUGUACACAGAGGAACCAACGCCGAUGGCUCCACCACCAACGCCACUUUCGAUUCCUCAACCAAGCGCCACUGCACCUCCCAGUCCAAAUGUACUCGCCAACAGCGCCUACAUCACCUCGACAGGAUCGCCCACCACCACCAGCACCGCAGACAAUACCUGCAUCGUACGGAGCCAUUCGUCCUCCUCAUCAUCAAGGGCACAGUCGUGGCCCCCAGAGAUCUCGACCCAGAACGCCACUGUCCGCAGGAAACAGUGGCAGCGAGAGCAACAGUGGCAGUGA